AUGGCAAAAAGGUUCCGGCAAAAUACGUUAGAUGUAUUUCUUAAAAAAAAGCCUAAAUUGAAAGAUCAGGAAGAUGGAUAUGAGAACAAAGAGGAGAGCAACAGUGAGAAUGAUAGAGAUCAGGAGACAGAGGAGGAGGACAGAGAGCAGAGGAACUUAGAUGAGGAUGACAUCAGUGAUGAGCAGGGCAGCGAGAACACUGAUGAAGGGACUCUUCAUCCCUUUGACCCUCGAAAUGUAGCAUUCCGAGGGAGCUGGGAGGGGGACAGUGAGAAUGGAAACUUCAACCACUUCGUUAACUGGAAAGCACAAUUUGAUGUGGCCUUAAAGCAACACAUGCAGACUGCACCCAAAAAUGCAAUAUACCUUUCACCCGCAAUUCAGAAUGAGCUUAUUGAAUGUUGUGCAGAGGAAAUCAGAGGGACCCUAAUCAAUAGAAUACAGGCAGCCAAGUACUUCACUGUAUUAGCUGAUGAGUCCAUGGAUAUAAGUGGGACUGAACAGAUGUCCUUAUGUGUCCGUUACGUCAAUGAGGAGGAAGAAAACCUAGAGAUAAAGGAGGAUUUUCUCGGGUUCUGUCCCUUGCCCAAACAAGAUGCGGCAACAAUAACCUCAGCCAUUCUCAAUCAGCUGACAAAGUGGGGUCUUCAAACAACUUUCCUAAGGGGUCAGGGUUAUGAUGGGGCCUCUACAAUGAGUGGCAAAGUGAGUGGGGUACAAAAGAGAGUCAAGGAACUGUACCCCAGGGCAAUGUACACCCAUUGUAGGAGCCAUGCACUUAAUUUGGUUGUGGUGCAUGGUUGUUCUGAUCUUCCUUUGGUGAGGAACACAAUGUCCAUCGUAGAAAAGAUUGCAGUGUUCUUCUCAGCCACAGGGGCCAGAAAAGAUGCCCUGCGGGCAGAGAGUAGAAGAGAAGGGCAACCAAAAACAGCAGGGAUCCCACUGAUGUCAGACACUAGAUGGGGUAGCAGAGCAAACACACUGAGUGCUUUUGUGGAGCAGUUCACUGCUAUACAUUCUGUUUUGGAGACCAUGGAGGCAGAAGUAACUACCACCUCUGGAAAGGCCAGUACUCUUCGGCAUAGUAUUGGAACAUUUAAGACCAUCAUUACUGCUGUAAUAGCCAACAAAGUGCUGGGUUAUAUGCUACCUCUAACCAAACAGCUGCAGUCUACCAACUUGGACAUCAUCACAGCAUACGAGGAGGCAAGAAAUGUACGGCAAGUCAUAGCCAAACAAAGAAAUGAGCAAGGAUUCAGUCCAUGUUUUCAAAAAGCCACAGCAUUGGCCAACUCAGUUGAUGUGGUCCCAACAAAGCGUAGAAUAACAGUAAAACAGAAUUACAGAGCAAACAUAUCUACAGAGUCAGUGGAAGACCACUACCGGGUGAAUCUUUUCUAUCCCUUCAUCGAUCACAUAACUAGUGAGCUGGAUGAGAGAUUCUCUGAAAGUAAUGAGCCUGCAUUACUAGCAGCUUACCUGGUACCAAAAUCUUUGAAGAAACUCACAGAAGAAAGAGAGCAAAGAAUGGUAAAGUGGUACCAUGAGGACCUACCUUAUCCAAACACAGUAGAGCAGGAAAUAGAAUGCUGGAGGCACAAGUUUCACUCUGAAGAUGGGGUGCUGCCUGCAUCAGCAUUGGAAACUCUGAAAACAACACAGAUGUCCUUCUUCCCCAACAUCCAGUGUAUGCUGAAAAUUUUUCUUACACUUCCAGUGACAACAUGUGAAUGUGAACGGUCAUUCUCUGCAAUGCGAAGGCUCAAAACAUGGCUCAGAUCUUCUAUGUCUAGUGAAAGGCUCACAGGACUGGAGUUAAUGCAUGUUCAUCAAAAAGUUAAGCUGGACAAGGAGAGAGUCCUUAGACGGUGGGAUGCCUCUGGCCACAGGAGGAUACAGCUAGCUUUCAAUGGAAAGGAGGAUGUGGACAGGCUUAUGAAGGCAAAGCGUGCAGAGUUGAUGCAACCUUCAGAUGCUGAUGUUUUGCAUCGCCUUAGUAAGAGUGAACUGGCCCUACACUGUAAAAGAACAACACGUGGCACAAGGGAGGCCGUAGAUCGUAUCUCCCAGCUGAUCGAGUGCUUUGAAGGGGAGAGGACGUGA